AUGGGGAGAAUGAACAGGACAGAGUUCAUCACUGAGCUCACUAGCAUAUUACAAAAUAAUGAAGGUAAAUCAUCAGUUUACUUGACACAAAAGAGACUUUCCGAUGCAUUAUUAGUGGACGACGAAACCAGCAUUCACGAUCUAUCUUCAAAUGUAAUCAGUGAAAACAAUGAGUUCAAAGAAAACACGGAGAAGUAUUCAAUAUUGAUAAGGGUUUCGAUGAAUACAAAAGCUAAAAAGCAGCCUAAAGUAAAGUUGUCAACGGUGGUUGAUGUAGACAAUUUGGAAGUUUUUUGGAAUGAAUAUUCUCAAGCUUUGAAGGCAGGCUUUAUGGGACUAAAGAAAAAGGAAAAGAAGAAAGUAAAGAAAAGUAAAAUUUCAAAAUAA